GUGUGAGACAAGAGUGCCAUGAUUUUGAAGUAAAUUUUCAACUGGCUUGUGCAGAAAAACUUUAUUUUUUAACUUAUGUACAGAAUGAAGCGAUCCAGCAGACAAAAUUCAACCAAAAAGACAGCAGCAAAACGUCAAAAGCGAGACAAAGAGGAUGAAAAAGUUGAAAGCGUUAGUCCUCCGGAACAGGCAUUGGAAGAGUCAGAUUCCGUGAUAUAUAUUGGGACCAUAAGCUAUCCUCCUCCGGCGACGGAAACCGUCAGUUUAAUCAGUGGGCUCGAGUUGUGCAGCGAUGGAAUAGAUCAAAUUUUUGGAAAUGAAUCUAAAUUUAAUCUCUCAGAUGGCGAGGAAGAGAAUAGCACUUCGUCAGCGGUGGUUGAUCAGCAGCUUUCGUUCCCCGAGUCUCCAACCAACAAUCAAAAUGUUAUAGAAUCUGGUGAAUAUCACUUGAGAUCCAAUGAAAUCCUUGCUACAGAAGCAACUAACAACGAACCAGAAAGUGCUUAAUCAAUUUGAAGCCAGGGGAAUUUUAAUGACGGAGUCUUUCAUAUUGGAAUUUAAAUAUUUGUUUGGAAUUUGCUCCGAUAUCUGAAAUUAAAUUAUCUGAUGAGUUAUUGAUUAAAAUUAGAAAAUG